CACAAGUGCAGAGGAGACACGGAAGCUGAGCGUAAGCUUUUCUGUGAGUUGUGGGGUUGUGGAGAAGAGCGGGAGGGGGGGGGAUCGCACACAUGCUGGUAACAAAUGUAACAGAAAUAACAGUGAUCCCAGUGGAGUGAAGGUUUUUAGGAGGACAGAGGUCAAAGAGGAGCUGCUACCCAGAUUCUGAACAAGAUUGUGCUCAUCUUUAUUUCCAGCUGAACCUCAUUCCUGCCUUCGUCAUGUCGCUUCUGACUCACGUGCUGGCGUGCCUUUUCGGCAUGGGCUCCUGGGUGGCCAUCAACGGGAUGUGGGUGGAACUUCCCCUGGUGGUCCCUGAGAUCCCAGAGGGCUGGUUCCUUCCCUCCUAUCUUACAGUCCUGAUCCAAAUGGCCAACAUAGGUCCUCUCUUCAUCACCCUGAUGCACCGCUUCCGCCCAGGCGCGCUGGACGAGCGGCCCGUCAUCUACUGCAUCGUGGGGCUGGGUAUUGUCGCCACAUUCCUGCUGGCUUUCUUCUGGAGGCAAACAGUGGCGAUAGCUAGCUCUCAGCACAGCGUGCCCCUGCUGGUUUUAAGCUUCCUGCUGUCUGUGGUGGACUGCACCUCAUCGGUCACCUUUCUGCCAUUCAUGAUGCGUCUGCGGCCACAGUACCUCACUACAUACUUUGCAGGCGAAGGCCUCAGCGGCCUGGUGCCCGCCGUCGUGGCUUUGAUUCAGGGCGUGGGUGUGGUCCACUGUGAAAACGCCACUUCGGCUGUAAACCUAACAGCUCCCAACUCCAGUGCGGCGAGCAGCGGGGAGCUGCAAGCCGUCUACCAGCCGGCUAAGUUUUCUGUCCAGGUUUUCUUCGUUUUCCUCAGUGCCAUGAUGGUCGUGUGCCUGGUGGCCUUCGUCCUGCUCAACCUGCAUCCAGCCGUGGCUCGCGAGAGAAAGAGUGACCGAUACUUCAGUCCCGAUAUGGAAAGCGAGAAGAAGGAGCAAGGUUUCUCGCUGCAUGCCCAAACGCCAGAGCAGAAGCCAAUGAUCAGCCCUCGAGAGGUUGCCGGGAAGGAACCAAGGAGCUCAUUUGGAAAGGGGACAUAUAGCAGCCUGGAGGUGGUGUUCAUCUUUGUUGUGCUCGCGUGGGUCAAUGCUCUGACCAAUGCGGUGCUGCCCUCUGUGCAGUCCUACUCCUGUCUGCCUUAUGGGAACAAAGCCUACCAUCUGGCUGCCACCAUGGCCGCUGUUGCUAACCCAGUAGCCUGCUUCAUUGCCAUGUUUAUACCAGUAAGGUCCCUUAUCUUUAUGGGGGGUUUGACCCUUUUUGGUACUGGUUUUGGGGCCUACAUCAUGGCCAUGGCAGCUCUGAGCCCCUGCCCUCUCCUGGUCCACUCCACCUCUGGAACCGCAGUCAUUGUGCUGGCCUGGAUCCUGUUUGUCCUCUCCCUCUCUUACGUGAAGGUCAUCAUCGGGGUCAUUCUGAGGGACGAGGGACACAGUGCCCUCGUGUGGUGUGGUGCUGUAGUGCAGCUGGGCUCCAUGCUUGGUGCCGUGUCCAUGUUUCCGCUGGUCAGCGUCUACGGACUUUUCAGGUCGGGCGAUGCCUGCAACACUAAGUGUCCGUUGUAGAUGAUAAACAUGUUUGCCUUAAACACUGUUGUACGACCUUUUGGGUAGAUUGCACUUAUUUUAUUAGCACUGAGCUCAAUUCACUCAUGAGUUUUACCUAUUCCAACAAGCUGAGAGGUUGCAGGUGACCUUUCAAACUUAUCGUUUUGUUACAGUCGAUUUAUUUCUAUUUAUUGAAAUAUGGAGGGAGCAUUACAAACUGCUCAGAUUACACCUGCACGGUCAACGUCUCAGACAAAAGAAGACCAAAUUUAUUUUUAAACAUGUUUGCAAAUCUUUAUCGAUAGGGAGAUCAUUGUACUUGAAUUUUUAGUGUGAUGCAUAAGGUUUUUGUUGUUGCUUCUGUAAGAAAUUAUGGAACAUUUGGCUUUAAAACUGUGCCUUAUUACUAGAUGAUGAAAGGUUCAAGCUUUCCAUUUGGUGUAAAAAAAAUACAAAGUUGUUUGACAAAACCUGUUUUAUGUUACUGGGGUGAAGAUGCUGUUUGUCUUUGAACAAUAAAAUCUGUUGAACUUC